UUCUUUUCAAACAUCUUAUAUAAUUUCAACAGAUUUGUUUACUCCAAGAACUGAUGCGCUGACCUUCAGCUUUUUAACAGGUCUUUCUGGGGAGACAGUUGUGUUUUGUUUGCUGACAGUUGCUUCUGCUCUUCCUUGACAAUCAACAGGGCGAUUUCCUGGGUUUUUAUCAGUAUUAUUUCUAUUUGAUCUGGUCCGUACAGAAUGAACUACACCAGAAACGGCAGGUUUCUGCUGAUAGCUGGCAGGAAGGGUCACGUAGCUGCCAUGGACUGGCAGACCAAGAAACUUAUGUGUGAGAUGAAUGUCAUGGAGACAGCCCAAGAUGUCAAGUGGUUGCACAUUGAGACCAUGUUUGCAGUAGCUCAGAAACAGUGGACAUAUAUCUAUGAUAACCAGGGGAUAGAGCUGCACUGUUUGAAGGCUCUGGACUGUGUACUCAGAAUGGAGUUUCUUCCUUACCAUUUCCUUCUGGCGUCAGCUGUAAGUAGUGGGACUUUCAAGAAUAUCUCAAUAAAGUGUGAAGAACAUUUCAUGUAUUUUAUGAUUGUUUUUUACAUAAAUAUUUAUGAUAUGCCCUAAGCCUAUACUUUCUUUGAGGAGCGGGGUACAGUCUCUUGAAAUUAGCAGGAGCAAAUAAUUACUGCCAAGCAGUAGCAAGGUUAUGAUCAUAACAAACCUGUUGAUUUUAAAGCCCUAUUCUAAACAAAUUGAUAAAUAUAUUUGAGUUUAUGUAUAGUCUUUGGGGGAAGUAUCAGAUAUUUUAAGAACAUUAGUGCUGAGAUAAAGUGUUUGAAAUAUUUGAACACACGCACUGAGAAAGCAUUGUUAUAAAAGAUCUCUAUUCAAGUUUAGGUUUUUUCCCAGCAGGCACUCAACGUUGAUUCAACAUUGAGGAUAGGUUGAGAU